GGCGGGCGGACUCGGCCCCUCCGCCGCUCCGAGCUCCCGCCGAACGGCCGGGCCGCUCCCCCCGCCCGCGGUGCCGCCGCUGCCCCCGGGGCCGCAACCACGACCGCAGCACUAACCCGCUCGCCUCGGAGCCGCGAACACAAUGACACGGGGACGGCGGCCGCCAGGGGACUCAACUCCUCGGCCCCGCCCCGCGCAGGCGUCCUGGGCCCCGCCCCAACCGGGGGAGGAGGCUCCGCUGGGGCGGAGCUGGGGGCGCAGGGGCGUGGCCAGAGGGGUCCGGCACCUUGUCCGCGGGGUCCCGGCGCCCGCCCGCCCAGCACCGACAAACCCCGGCGGCGGGGGGGGCACCGACCGACCCCGCGAGCCCGGCGCGCCGGCCCCCGCGGGCUUGUGUGUCUCCCCGAGAAGGGAGAGAGUCCCCGCGGGCAGGGCUGGCCGGCCGUCCCUCCCCGCUGGCUUCGGGGCGUCCCUGCCCCGCUGUUCCCGGCGGGGUCCCGCUGUGCCCCGCUCCUCUCCGGGGGGUCCCGCUGUCGCCCCGCUCCAGCGCUCAGGACAACACGAAGCCGCAGCGGGCAGAGCCCCCGCCGUCCCCGCUGUCCCUCCUCACGUUCCCCGCCCAGCCGAGGGUCCGUCAGCUCCCGGCUCUGCCGCAGCCCGGGUUCCCCAUCCGACCCGCUCAUUCCCAGAUCACCGGCGCCGGGACGGGUCCCUGUUCCCGGGAGGAGUCCCCCCGCGCUGCCUGACCCGUCCCCCCGUGUCCUGCCCCAGGGCUGUUUGUGCUGGAGCACCACAGCCUGCCCCACGCCAGGUCGGCUUUCCUGACCCCGGAGCAGCUGGGAGGGAUCCAGUUCGACCUGCAGCUGCUGUGGAGCGCUCAGACCUUCGACUCGCCCUCCCAGCUCUGGAGAGCGACCAGCUCCUACAACAGGUUCUUGAUCCCCAUCGCCUUCCAGCAGACAAACCGCCCGGUUCCUGUCGUCUGCUCCCUGAACACGGAGUUCCAGCUCUGCAACAACGAGAAGGUGUUUCUGAUGGAUGCCACCAAACCCGGAAUGUCCCUGGCAGAAAUGGAUUACAAAGGGGCUUUUUCAAAGGGUGGGAGUUCCGUAUUGUUCCUUGUUACCUGUUCCCCUCGUACCCGACGUCUCUGUCUCCCCAGCAUCCUCGCCUGCGAGAGAGAGGGCUGAACCCAGCCUGGGCUUUGCCUCUUUUCCAGCCCUGGGAUAGCGUGACCAGGGACAAUGAACGUGCUCUGCACGGCGUUCUGCCGCCUGCACACGCAAACCCAGCCCUGCAGAACCAGAACCGCGCGUGGCUCGCUGCAUUUGGCUCUCCCGAGGCUCCUCUUGUUCAUUCCGUUCUGUUGUUUUCUGGAGAAUUUAACCCGACCGUGUUUCUCCCGCCCUCCUCAGGGCAAAUCCUUUACGGCCGCGUGCUCUGGAACCCCGGACAGAACCUGAACGCCGCCUACGAGCUGCAGCUGGAAAAGGUCUAUCUGUGCACGGGCAAGGACGGGCACGUGCCUUUCUUCGACCCGACCGGCACCGUCUAUAACGAGGGGCCCCGGUACGGCUGCAUCCAGCCCAACAAGCACCUGAAGCACCGAUUCCUGCUCUUGACGGGCCGUAUUUGUCCCCCAGUGGACUGUGUCUGUUGUACCGUAAAUGAACAGCGGAGCCAGGUACCAAACAAACUCUAGCACGGGAAAGAGAGGUGAGGAAUUUAUUGUGGUGAUGAAGGUGGUUUGUUCUUUGAAAGCAGUCGGGAAAGGAGCUCCUUAGCACCACUUUAUGAACGUUCCUGAGUUGAUUACUGCAGUUGCCAAAGACAGAUGAGAAGGCUGAACACCCCACUUGGUGAUGACCCCCAUUGCGGGGGCUCCCAAACCACCCCGAGCUGCUCUGUUGGUGUUUGCAGGAGCCAGUGAAGGGGCAGCGGCUGAACGGGGGAGUCAAAGCGCAGAACGCUCUGCAGGACCGGACGGAAGUUUAACGCAGCACCUGCUUUGUGUUGGUGAGAAACGCCUUUCAUGAAUUGUGAAAAAAAUAGACGACUUUAU